AUGGGUACCUUCACAUGCAAGACGGGGAGUGAUUCUGAGGUCGAUCAGCAUCAAAGCCAUUCUCCCGUACAUAUACGUGAGGACAGCAUCACCUCGCCCUUUUUAUAUAUCCCCCCACAUCCAGAGCACAAUGACAAGCUCUAUGCUACCGUUGAUGCCUUCGUGCCCGCGCACUACACUGCUGAACCAAACGCAGCACAAUCAUCAUAUAGCAUCAGUUCCCAUGCCAAACCCAAGUAUUAUCCCGCUCUCGAGGCUACCGAUGUCAACAUGCAGCAGAGUCGUUCUCCAGCAAUAUCAGAACUAGGUUCCUUGACGCCAGGGACCCAGUUUUCCGCAACGAGCAAUGAAACACGCCAUGAUGAGUCGCAGCGUUUGAUCAAGACGCCAGCAGACUCGUCAGCCCGGUCAAAUACACCUUCCCGUUCCAGAAAACGCCUCCACACCGAAUCGAAACAGAGUGCCAGUAGAUCUAGGACCUCUUCUUGUUCAACGGGCGGACAUCGCUCAUCAUCUCAGGAAAUUACAUCCAGAUCAUCAUCCGCGACCCGCCGCAAGUCGUCGAAGUACCACAGCAGCCAUAAGGCCGGAACUUAUGCCCAAAUCCACUCUCCAAAGCUACGCAAGGGGGAUUCUGAUCCAUACCACAGAAAAGAAGAUCUUGUAUCGCUCCAUAGGAAUAGCUGCCGUGUAUUCGAAGCUGGCGGCGGCAGCAGCAGCAAGCCAGACGCGGCAGACGGCAGAGGAUCCCACGAUUCGAAACAUUCAUGGCAAAGGUCAAAAACACAUGACAGAUCAUUUACUUCGCCGACGGAGAGCAGCGCACUCACCAACAGAAUCACAUCCCUUGAAACCAGCAAAUCAUAUUGCACCGCAUCUCCAUCCCUAGCACCCCUCCUAACAUCAACAACCCCUUCAUCACCCACCUCCCUAUCAUCCCCCGUCGGAAAUUCCACCCCUGGAACGCAGCGACAUCGCACCUGGGACCCAGUAAGCCACGACGCCACCUCCACCGCUGCUCUGCACCAGGCAGAUUCCGACGGACCGUACAAACCCAUCCCCGCGACAGUCAUAGACUGGACAUCCCCAUCAACCCGUAGGCGCGAGUACGAAGAAAUCGACCGCUCAACCCGUGGCGUGAGGGGUAUGUGGCGGAAGAUUGCGCCCAGCUGGUGCCAGCCGGGCGGGAGCCGGAUACCCUUCUUCGAAGAGGGGAAGGGGGCCAAGGAGAUGUAUGAGGGCAGUGUUCGGCGGUUUCGAAUGGAUGUGCCUGACGGUGACCAUGACCAGAACGACGAGGACGGUGGGGGCGGCCGCGGCCGCGGCGGCAAGGAGACAAAGGCUCAGUCUCAACAGCGUUCUGGUUCUAGUUCCAGAGUGAAAUGGAAGUGGAUUGAGAGUAGUAGCGUUUCUCCUGCUGGGACUAUCGGCCGUGGCAGGGAUGUGGGAGAGAAAGGUGGUAGCAUUAUUAAUGGGAAAUGGCGCUGUUUGGGUAUUAUGCGGAAAACGAACUGA